AUGCUCGGUAUGAACAGUGCGGAUCAGACGUCCGGCACAGCAACGUCAACGAUCCCAGCUCCACCUCCGAUGCUACCUCUUUCUAAUGAUCAGGGCCCUCUUGGAAAAUUGAUGGAACAAUGCAGUCGUCUUAAUGCAAACGUCAUCCUGGACAAGCUUGAAUCAAAACCGGCAGUGGAGAAAUCCCCAACUGCUACUGACGCCGCUUAUCCACAGUACCAACACUAUUGGCCAACAGCAACAUGGUGGGAUCAAACCAGUACUUGGCCACUACCGUAUACCUCAGUAGACGCUUACUCUCCCUACCUUUCCUCACAGUUAGGCUUUUUGUCUUCCGUGCCACCAUCGACGUCUACGCUGAACCAGCGGCUAACGCUUGGAAAAGCUCCUGGGACAGCUGGCGGUGGGAAAUUCCCUCGAGGAAAUUGUGAGUGUCCAAAUUGCGUGGAAGCCGAACGAAUAGGAAUAAAUAACGUACCGGUAAAGAAACGAGGCAUUCACAAUUGCCACAUCGCCGGCUGUGGAAAGGUUUACAACAAGAGCAGUCAUCUUAAAGCGCACCUUCGAUGGCACUCGGGCGAACGGCCUCCGGUGAGGCUUACUUAUAGAACUUUAUGCUCAAUACCAGUCAUUAGUGCCUUUGAUGAAGCUCUAGAAAUUCGUAACUAA